AUGAGAAUAUUACUAUUUGGUGAUGAAAAUUUCAGUUUUUGUAAUGGAUUUUUAGUAGAUCAUGAAGAUGAUAUUGUUGAAAUAUGUAGUUGUUUAAAAGAAAAUGAAUUAAAACAAGAAAGUAAAAACAAUAUUCAAUCCUUAAAUAAAAAUGUUGUUAUUCAUUAUGGUAUAAAUCCAGUUCAAUUAAAAUCAAAAUUUCCUCCGAAUACUUUUGAUGCUCUAUAUUAUAUUUUACCUGGAUUAUCAUUUCAUGGAUAUCCAGAUUUUAUUGAUCCUCAAACAGAAAUGUUUAAAUUACGUUUAAAUUUAUUUUGUUUUAGUUUUUUAAAAAGCAGUAAAAAUAUAAUAAAACCUGAUGGUUAUGUUUAUUUGUUAUUCCCAGAAGAAACAGGAAAAGAUAUUUCUGCGAAUAAUAAUGAUAAUGAUAAUAUAUCUUCUACUGCUAUUGGUAAUAAGACAACGAAUUUGCCCUUUUUACCAAUAGAACCGAAAAAAUUAGCUAGAUUUUGCAAUGUGUUAAGAGAAAAUAGCAAAGAUUAUAAUUUAAAUUUAUCUGCUCACCCUAAUUGGAUACCUGUUUUGUUUAAUAUGCCUAUUGUAAAUGAGAUACCAGAAUGGUUAAAAAAUUGUAAAUAUUUUUGUUUUAAAAUGACAGAAACGGAUUAUAAAAAUAAAAUGUAUAAAAGUAAUUCUAUCAAUGACGAAAAUAAUAAUAAUAAUAAUAAUAAUAAUAAUAAUAAUAACAGUAAUAAUAACAACAAUAAUAAUAAUAAUAAUACGCAAAAUGAAGGAGAACAAGAAGAAAAUAAUGCAAAUAAUAAUGAAAAUGAAGAAAAUAAAGAAAAAGAAGAAGAUCCAGAUGAAUAUAAUGUUUUGAAAAUUCCCCCUCAAGUCUUUGACUACCCAAUUGAAAAAUUGGGACAUGUUAAUGAAUGCUUUUUAUUUAAACUUUAUUCAAUUAAUAGUAAAAGUGUAUUAAUAUCAAGAUUAACCUUAAAGUAUGAUCCUAGGAUUUCAGGAUGGAAAGGAGACAAUAAAAUAAAAAAAGAUAUGUUAAAUAACAUCCCAAUGAACAAUAUGCCUAUGAAUAUACCAAUGAAUAUGCCCAUGAAUAUGAAUAAUAUGAAUAUGAUGAAAAACGUGAAUAAUUUAAUGAAUAUAAAUAAAUUUAAAGGUGGGAAAUAUAAAAAUAAGGCAACUAAAAAUGAAUUUCAACAGCAAUAUAAAAAUAACAUGAUUCAGAAUAAUAUGAAUUAUUCCAUAAAUAAAAAAGGAAGUAUGAAUUUACCUCCACCACCACCAACAAAUAUCAGUAUACAACCAAAUAAUGUUAAUAUUCCAAAUCAAAAUAUUAAUUAUAAACAAAACAACUUUCCUUUUGUUAAUAACUUUAAGAAUAUGCCUAACAAUUUAUCUCAAAAUGUCCAAAAUACCAUUACGAAUAUGCCUAUGAAUGUUAAUCCGAAUAUGUCCAGUAGUAUGAUGAAUCCUUAUAUUAAUGGGGGAUAUAACAAUAAUUUCAGAAAUAAUAUGUAUCAACAAAAUAUACCUUUACCUCCUCCAAUAAAUAAUUUUAAUAAAAAAAUUUAUCAAGGACCCAACAUGAAUAUGAAAAGAAAAAAUGAUUUAUAUAGUGGUGAUAAUAUGGAAAAAAAUUAUGAUAAUUAUAAUAUGAAGGAUCAUUACAAAUCGGACGAUGAUAACAAUAUAAACAAAGAUAAUAUAUGCAAUGAUGAUUAUGAUUUAGAACAAUGUGACAAUGUAACAAAUCAAAAGAAUAUUCAGAACAAAAAUUCAGAGGAUCCAGAUUACUACUUCUUAAAACAAAGAGCUAGAGAAUCCAACCAAUAUGGUACAUACUAA